CCCUCGUUCUACUGAGUGGAAAGUAUUCACUGGAAUACAAAAAUUAGUCGAUCGCGUUGUGUUUGAUUGCUUAUAAAACACCAUUCUUGUAUCACAGACUGACUAUAAGCGAUUUCAUUCUUCAUUUUGGUGGUGGUUUCAUGAGAGCUACGCCAAAGAUUGUCAUGGUGACGCUCGAACUGUCAGCUUUUCUGCUCUUCACAUUUUGAACAGAACCAUUGUGGCGCCAGUGCCUCUAAAGUGCUGUUGGUGUGAAAACCAUCGUGAAAUCAUCUCUAUGGGAACCGCCCUAAGAUUCCCAAUCGUUAGUUAUUUGACGGGAAAAAACAACGUGUUUCAGUUUCACCAUGAGUGCUUCGGCAGAGGAGGAUUCGGAGCAGAGACCACUGAAACCAAGCUUGUGCCAGAGGAGGGAUCCCCAUUUAAAGUGUCUUGUGUUAACCCUGUCCAUUUUUGGUUGUCUGGGGGCAGUGACAUGGUGCCGUCUGACCGAAGUUACCAGACUCGUGGUCAACUUUCAGAGUUUUCCCAUCACCACAAGAAGAAAUGUGAGUCCGUGCGAUGAAGGCUACAUAUAUAUUCCAGUGGCAUUUCUGGCUAUGUUGUACUUAGUGUAUUUAGUAGAGUGUUGGCACUGCUCCACCAGGCUUGAGCUUACCUAUAAAGUCGAUGUUAAUGACGUCUACGAACAAAUUCAACAAAUGCGAGAAGCACAGCCUGUGAUUUGGUGGAAAGCUGUUUGCUACCAUUAUGUGCGACGAACAAGACAAGUGACUCGCUACCGAAACGGAGACGCCUACACCACAACACAGAUCUAUUACGAGAGGAUCAACACCCACGUUGCAGGUUCUUGUUUUUCCUAUACACACUGCGGAGUCAAAGAUAUUUCAAAUAUUCUUGUGGACCUUGAAAAAUAUCCUGCUACUAAAAUUAGAUUCAGUAAAGGCUUUGCCUUUGCUAACCUUGAAGCGGCCAGCGAAUUUGAAGAUCAAAGGACACGUUUUUUCCAAACAAACGAGAGAUAUGACGACUAUUUGGAAAUGCGAGAGGGAUUAGAUUUAAUUGGUGUAAAUUUCCAGGAAUACAUGAUCGCUUUUGCAGACCCAGAGCAUCUUCCGUGGUACGUUUCUAACUUCGUAUUUUGGACUUGCUCUUUGUUGCUGCUUUCUUGGCCUCUACGAAUACUAAUCGAAUGUCAAACAGCUUACGUCCAUUACCAAGUUACGAAACUCUUUGGUGUAAACUAUCUGACUCCAGCAAGUGCUGACACUGUAGUCUCUAAUCGGUUGUCGCGAGGAAGCACUCUGGACAGCAGUGAACUUGAAGGGAUUAUUACUAAUAACUUUACUGUUGCCCCUAGUUACUCAGAAGCCUUACUAUUAGAAGGUACGACUGGCGGGCUUUCUCUCCCAACAGAUUCGAACGGAAACAUUCCAAAUGAAGUGUUUCCUGUGAGGUUUAGUAUGGACACGGACUCUAGACUUUCGCUGCUAGGGACUAACAGGUCCAGAGGGUCUAGAGAAUUUUCCAGAACAUUCCUUCGUACUUCCAAUAAUCGGAGUUCCUGGACAGCUGGGACUGGACGUUCGCCUCCAUCUAGACCAGCACUACAUACUUCAAUAAGCCGUACUUCCCUCCAAAAUGGCCAAACUGUUUUUCAAACAACCCCUUUGUCCCCAAACGAUGGAUCGGUAUGGAGGAGAAAUAGUCAUCCAAAUCAGAACACCACGAGGGCUAGUCCCCCUCCAUACGAAGAAGCCUUACUUCUGAGUAGGCCCGUGUUCCUGCCUUUACGACGAUCGAAUACUGAAAGGGAUCUGUACGGAGAUUUUGUUUCAGAACAAAGGAUUUCUUCAAGAGUCGAUAAUAACAUCGCUUUGAGCAUGGAAACUGCGGAUAGCAGCAGAAUUAACCUUUUUGACGUCAAAUGUGUUUAAAACGAGCCUGAAACCUGUGACACAACGAUUCAUUGCAGUGUAACAUUGCAGCUAAAUUUUCCCAAGAAAAUCUUGCGUGUUUUCGGACAGUGGAUCUACACCUGUGAUAAAUGUACGGCAAGUCUCCACCGGAAUGGGUUGUAGGUAUUACUGCAGCAGUGGCCAGGAUCUUUGUUUAUUAUUCUAGUGACUUAAUCGGAGAUGACAAUGCUUGUUUGGACUUUCUUCUGAAUCAGUUAUGACAUUGUUAUUCAUAGCAUAUAUGUAAAAUUUGGCACGUUGUUUGAAUUUUUUUUUUAUCAAAGCUUUCCACAUGGGAAGCUAUCUUAUGGCCGGAUAAAUUCGUGAAUACGGUACAAUGAAUUAAUUUAUACAGUUAGAGAAAUUAUUAUUAUUGCUAUUCAGGAAAAUUCGGAAAUGUAUUCAUGAUAUUCUCAAAAUAUUUAAUGAUACCACGUCCUUAUCAGUUAGAGCACUUUGCUGUAUUUAUUUAAAAUAGAAUAUUAUCUUCAAUCUGCUAUGAGGGAUAAAUGUAAGUUUCGAUUUAUAAAAAUGGUUUUUAACAUC